AUGGACUUGUGCUCUUUCUGCUGCACCGAUGAGGCUGACUUGGGGGUGGCCCCUUACGACCGCAUAGCUGCGCACAUAGGAUUAUCAGAUGACGACUUACUGGAUUUCGAAAGCGACAGCGCAGAUGCGCCUAGCUUGGCAAGAGCAGCAAAAAGAAAUAAAUCGCAAAAUAGAAAACUCAAAAGCCGCGUGAGCUCUGAGGUGUACAGACUCGAGGAGUCGCUGCGGCGCUCUCGCGAGCAGCAGGAGCUGCUGCGGCACCACAAGCAGCAGCAGCAGCAGCAGCAGCAGCAGGGCGUGCCCCGCAGGCACAGCAGCUCGCUGUCGCGCAGCUUCGGCAGCAACAGCAGCAACAGCAGCAAAAGGAACUCCACCGAAUCCGCACCUGCAGCAGCAGCAGAACCGGCCGAAGCAGCAGCAACAGCAGCAGCAAAACAUUCCAAGAGGGCCCCCAGCAGCAGCAGCAUCGCGUCCAGCAGCAAGCUCACGCAACAGCGCAGCAGCAGCCCGCCCGCCCCUGCUGCUGCUGCUGCAACAGCAGCAGAGCCUCUCCCGCAGCGUUUGCCUUCAGCUAGACACAAGCAGCAGCAGCAGCAGCAGCAAAAUGCUGCAGCACAGCAGCAAGAAAAUGGCGAAGCAAAAAGCCAAGAGAUGCGAAGACCCUCAGGGAUUAGGAGACUCAGCGACAUGUCUGAAGCAGAAAAGGCCAAGGAGAAGAAAAGGCUGCAGGCACUUGUGAAAGAAUUUGCAAAAGAAGCUGUUGCAGGGUUUGAGGUGACCCUCGUGGACAUUUACAAAGAAAAAACUUCAACUGCUGUCUUUUCAAUGGACCGGCACCUGCUGAACAUCGCAGUCACUUCUGCAGAAAGUCCUUUUCCGGAAUUCCCCGUCGCCGACAUUCGCGGAAUUUUAAAAGCAGAAGAUUUUUUCAAAAAAGAAAAAAAAGAAAAAGAAAAAAGUUUCUUCGAAAACUUCGAUAAAGGACUGGUUCUUGUGCUGAAAAGCCACGAAGAAAUGCUUCUGGAGUUUCCAGAAAAAGCAGACAGAGACAGAGCCUACGCCAGCUUGAAGAUCCUCAGGCAAGUGCAGCAGCAGCAGCAGCAGCAGCAGCAGCAGCAACAGCAGCAACAGCAGCAGCAGCUGCUGCUGCUGCUGCUGCGCUUGCGUCAAGAUCUCCUGAAAGUGCAGCUCGGGGCUUUAAAGGCAAAAUUAAAUUAG